UCCCGGAAGAGAGAAAUGUUUGGGUUGUUCAACGGACGUGCCGGGUAAACAGUUCUGAAAACAUCUUUAAAAAUAAAUAUCGGACGGCGUUUGUAGAGAAACCUGACGACGUGCGGAUUGUUUUCCCUUUUAAGGUCGGUGCGCACUUUAGCUUGUCUCAUGGCGCCGCCGAGAAAGAACACUUUACCCAAACCACUCCCGGACGGUUUCAUACUGACCGACACCGAGAAGAAGAGAUGGAGGCUGGGGAAAAUCAUCGGUCAAGGUGGCUUUGGACUGAUCUAUCUCGCCUCCCAGGACGUAGACAGACCUGUUGCUGGAGACACCGACUUCGUCAUAAAAGUGGAGUACCAGGACAACGGCCCCCUGUUCUCGGAGCUCAAGUUCUACCAGAGGGCAGCCAAACCGGAGAGCAUGGAAAAAUGGAAGAGAGGAAGGAAACUGGACUUCCUGGGCAUCCCGACCUACUGGGGAUCAGGACUGGCCGAAUAUAAAGACCUAAGGUAUCGUUUCAUGGCCAUCGACCGUCUAGACAGCGACCUUCAGAAGUUCUGCGAUCGCAACGGAGGCCGUCUGAAGAAGGCCACCGUGCUGCAGCUCGGCCAGAGACUGGUGGACGUGCUGGAGUAUAUUCAUGAGAAUGAAUACGUCCAUUCAGACAUUAAAGCGGCAAACCUUAUGCUCGGCUAUAGAGACCCUGAACAGGUCUACCUCGCCGACUACGGCCUCUCCUACAGAUACUGCCCCAACAGAGUUCACAAAGACUACAAGGAAAACCCCAAAAAGGGCCACAACGGGACCAUCGAGUACACCAGCAUCGAUGCCCACAAAGGAAUCACUCCAUCCAGACGUAGCGACCUCCAGAUUUUGGGUUUCUGUCUUCUUCACUGGUUAUGUGGCUCCCUGCCCUGGGACAAGGUCCUCAGGAAUCCAACCCAGGUCCAGGAGGCCAAGGCCAGACUGAUGGAUAAUCUGCCAGACUCCGUCCAGCAGCUGUCGCUGAGCGGAGCCAGCACAGACGAGGUGGCCGAACUCCUCCUUUACGUGAGAACCCUGGACUACCAAGAUAAGCCCGACUACCAGUUCCUCAAAGGCCUGCUGGCCAGCGGCGGCAGGGGGAAGCUCGACUUCUCCCACCCUCAGGGACCCGCGGGGGGGCCACACCCCCACAACGUGGAUCCUGACACCAGGGACAAGAAAACGGGACGAGUCAAGGGUCCGACCAGAGCCGAGGCUUCGCCCGCAGACGUAGAUGACGACAAACAGGAGGGGAUCAAGUCCAGACCGAGACCAGGCCACUCCACCAGAGGACCACGGUCCUCCAAACCUCAGAAGGAAGAAGUUGUUCCCAGGAGAACCCCGAGGCCCCGUCCUGCCCCCGUGAACACCUAUGAGGAAGACGAAAGUGAAGAAGACGACGAAGAGGACGACGAAGAGGACGUGAGGCCCAGAGCUGUUCCUGCUCGUUACAUCAGAGGUCCUCCCAUCAGCCCCAGAGCUCCACACAGACAGAAGGAAGACGCUGUUCAGAGGAGAGGCCUGAGGCCCCGGUCUGACCCCGCACACGCUUACAAAGAACAUGAAAGUGAAGAAGAGGACGACGAAGAGGACGACGAAGAGGACGCGAGGCCCCAACCUGUACCUGCUUGUUACAUCAGAGGUCCUCCCAUCAGCCCUAGAGCUCAACACAAACAGAACCCUAGACCCCAGUGGUACGGUGGGAACGCGGGUGAGCCAACAGCGAGUCUGGAGAGGCGUCGAGUCCACGCGGCAAACCUUAAAACGCGGGGGGACUACCUGGGCCGGGAGGAGGAAGCUCCGCCCCUCCGGAGAGAAGACCACGUCCAGGAGCAUCUCUGCAGCUUCAGGGAAAGGAAACCUGGUCCCACGUGGAGAAACACUCCCGUGUCCUGGUUGGUGGUUUUGGGCGUCACCUUCUUGCUGGGCGCCCUUUUCGGACAGAGCACGUUUAAACAGAAAGGUUAAUCCACCGGGAACACGCCGCCAUCGCCGCCGCCGACUCUUCUCUCCUCAGGACCUCUGAGCCGCCAUCUUCACCGUGAUGGGCUGAAACAGAAGGAGAAGAGAUGGUUCUAUUAAAUGCUCCGAGGUCCAAAGAAAAAGAUCGAAUCACAAACCAAAGCGUCGCUGAUUAAGAGACGUACCUUGCUGCAGUACGGACACUCUCCAAAAACGAUGCUGAAGCUCUGUCUGCUGGAGGGAAGCGCCCGGAGCCACUGGAGCCAAAACACACCAUCAUUACUAGGUCUGAAGAUACAUCCAGCAUCAUCCUGAACCUUUAAGGGCUUUAAGUUCUUUCUCUGAGGCUGUAAACUGCCAGUGAAUACGUCUUAUUUCAUGUCCUCUGGUCCAACCAUCACAAAGCUCUGGCUCUUUGACUGAAACACAACAUGUAGCACAACACUUUUAUCCUAAUAAAUGUUUUUGCACGCUU